AUGCCCCUGGCCCGCAGCGUCUCCGUCACCUCCCUGACGGGGCUGGAGGACUGGGAGGAUGAGAUCGACCUGGAGAACUCCGUCCUCUUCGAGGUGGCCUGGGAGGUGGCAACAAAGGUGGGGGGUAUCUACACGGUGCUGCAGACCAAGGCCAAGAUCACGUCGGACGAGUGGGGGGAGAAUUACUUCCUGAUGGGGCCCUACCUGGAGCAGAACGUGCGCACCCAGGUGGAGCUGAUCGACCCGCCCCACCCGGCCGUGCGACGCACCAUCGACUCCAUGAACGCCAAGGGCUGCAAGGUGUACUUUGGGCGCUGGCUCAUCGAGGGGGGCCCCUACGUGGUGCUGCUGGACGUGGGGGCCACGGCCUGGAGCCUGGACCGCUGGAAGACGGAGCUGUGGGACAGCUGCGCCAUCGGGGUGCCCUGGUACGACCGGGAGGCCAACGACGCUGUCCUCUUCGGCUUCCUCACUGCCUGGUUCCUUGGCGAGUUCGUGGCUCAGUGCGAGGAGAAGCUGUUUGUCAUCGGCCAUUUCCACGAGUGGCUGGCGGGCGUCGGGCUCAUCCUGUGCCGUACCCGCAAGCUGCCGGUGGCCACCAUCUUCACCACCCACGCCACACUGCUGGGGCGCUACCUGUGCGCGGGCAGCGUCGACUUCUACAACAACCUGCAUGCCUUUAACGUGGACAAGGAGGCCGGGGACCGGCAGAUUUACCACCGGUACUGCAUGGAGCGGGCUGCCGUGCACUGCACCCACGUCUUCACCACCGUGUCCCAGAUCACGGCCGUGGAAGCCGAUCACCUGCUCAAGAGAAAACCCGAUAUGGUGACCCCCAACGGCCUGAAUGUCAAGAAAUUCUCUGCCAUGCACGAGUUCCAGAACCUCCACGCCCGGAGCAAGGCCCACAUCCAGGAGUUCGUCCGGGGGCAUUUCUAUGGGCACCUGGACUUUAACCUGGACAAGACCCUGUUCUUCUUCAUCGCCGGGCGCUACGAAUUCUCCAACAAGGGGGCUGACAUCUUCCUGGAGGCGCUGGCCCGGCUCAACUACCUGCUCCGGGUGAACGGCAGCCAGGUGACCGUGGUGACCUUCUUCAUCAUGCCGGCUCGGACCAACAACUUCAACGUGGAGAGCCUCAAGGGGCAGGCAGUGCGCAAGCAGCUCUGGGACACAGCCAAUGCCGUGAAGGAGAAGUUUGGGAAGAAGUUGUAUGAAUCGCUGCUGGUCGGGAACCUCCCCGACAUGAACAAGAUGCUGGAUAAGGAGGAUUUCACCAUGAUGAAGAGAGCGAUAUUCGCCACCCAGCGUCACUCCUUCCCCCCCGUCUGCACCCACAACAUGCUGGAUGACUCUACGGAUCCCGUCCUCAACACCAUCCGGCGUCUUGGGCUGUUUAACAGCAGCGCCGACCGCGUCAAGGUCAUCUUCCACCCCGAGUUCCUGUCCUCCACCAGCCCCCUGCUGCCCGUGGACUACGAAGAGUUCGUCCGAGGCUGCCACCUAGGGGUCUUCCCCUCCUACUACGAGCCGUGGGGCUACACGCCAGCUGAAUGCACUGUCAUGGGGAUUCCCAGCAUCUCGACCAACCUCUCCGGAUUCGGUUGCUUCAUGGAAGAGCAUAUCGCCGACCCGUCGGCCUACGGGAUCUACAUCCUGGACCGACGGUUCCGGGCGCUGGAUGAUUCGUGCACCCAGCUGACAUCCUUCUUGUACAGCUUCUGUCAGCAGAGCCGGCGCCAGCGUAUCAUCCAGCGCAACCGGACCGAGCGCCUCUCCGACCUGCUGGACUGGAAGUACCUGGGCCGGUAUUACAUGUCUGCCCGACACAUGGCGCUCGCCAAGGCCUUUCCCGACAAUUUCACCUACGAGCCCCCGGAGGAGACAGCGGCCCAAGGAUUCCGCUACCCCCGCCCGGCCUCCGUGCCCCCUUCGCCCUCCAUCUCCCGCCACUCCAGCCCCCACCACAGCGAGACGGAGGAGGACGACGAGCGGUACGACGAGGAGGAGGAGGCGGAGAAGGAUCGGCGCAACAUCAAGCCCCCGGCCAUGACGGGCCCCGUCCCCGAGUGGCGCAAGCCGCCCAAGAAGGGCUCCAGCGAGGCCAGCACCUCCUCCAAUGCCUCCAACGCCUCCACCCCCACCAUGCCCUCCAGCCCCAGCGACCCCAGCAGCCCCAACAACUCCAUCAUCGAGGAGAGGAACUAG